GCGGUAGUGACAGCGUUGUUCAAGAAAGGAAGAUCCUGGAGCGUUUCUGGUAGAGUCGAGAGAGGCUCACACGAACGGAACGAACAGAGCUGGUGGGCAUCGGUGAGUCGGUUCGGUAGGGAGGUGUCUCCCGGUCCUCCAACCAGAAGAAGCGAGACGACGACGACGAAGGAGACCUUUGGCGGUUACACACCGCAUCCUACCGUCUUCUGGUGUGCCUACCUAUUCGGGCUACCAGCGAACCGAGCGGGCAAACGAAGCUUCAGUCGACGCCGCGCACCCAAACGGUCCAGACCUGUCAGCCCGGAAGACAGCAUCCCGACGCACGAUUCGAUAGAGAAUCCAAUAGAGAAUCCGAUAGACAGAGAGUCGCACACCACGACACAGAUAUAUAUAUAUAUAUAUCUUUCUCUCUCUCUCUGUCUUUCUCUCUCUCUCACACACACACCACGACGACCAGGAUUCUCCUACCUUUCUUCCUCUCUCUUCUUGCUCCCUCGGCGGCGCUCCCCGUGCGCGGAUAACGAACGCGCGCGUACUCGCCGACCAGUUCCAAAGACACUCUCCAAAGGGACGUUUAUUUGACCAAAAGCCCGGCAAACACCGCGUCCCACGGAACUACGGAGCGUGUGCUCUCUGCUACGUUCAC